UCGCUACAGUUGUGAUUACUGUGUUAUUUAUUUAUUAUAAAAUGAAUAUUUGUCAAAUUUUCUGUUGAAAUAUAUAGUCACCUUGGAAAUUUCACAUCUUAGAAACGUCACAGUUAAUGACAAAAUAAUUCGAUUGCAUGAUGAACUUCGGAGAUAGAGAAAAUUUACUCAGAUUUUUUCAAGAGUACUACAACUUUGAAAAGGAAAACAUGAAACUUGAACGGGACAUGUUGAAGCUAUUGUUGCGUAACUGUGCCGAGGAGCACAAAGAACACUUUCAAAAUUAUAUAAAUAAUAUCGAACAAGAAUUAAAGGAACUUGAGGAAGAGGAAGCAAGAACUAACGAGGAAAGUGAUUCUUUAGAUGUUUCCUCAGAAUCUGAGAGAGAAGACAGUGGCAAUGACGUUGUGGAUGAAGCUGAAAGUAAAUUCCUAAAGAAGAAUUAGAAUUAUUAGUAUAAUUUAAUUUAUUUGAUUUUAGCAGUUUGUAAUUGUUGUAUAAUAAAGAAGUAUUCAUAAA